UUUUAUAUUUGGGUGAUGAGCAACUUUCAUUUAUGGAGGGAGACGAGAAGUAGGCUUUGUGCGGCAAUGAGUGGGAGCAACGUAAACAAGGUCUUUUACGCCGAUAACUACCAUCCCAUUCAGGCCGGCAGCAUCGACGGCACCGACAUUCUUUCCCACGACAACGCCGUCUACCGAGCUUUACUCUGUUCUUCUGCUGGCCUCUAUGACCCCCAUGGCGAUCCCAAGGUCUUCGGUGACCCUUAUUGCACCCUCUUCGUUGGUCGCCUUUCACAUCUCACUACUGAAGACACUCUUCGCAGGGCAAUGAGCAAGUAUGGACAGGUUAAAAAUCUACGCUUAGUCAGACACAUUGUAACUGGUUCUUCACGUGGUUAUGCUUUUGUUGAAUAUGAAACUGAAAAAGAGAUGCAACGUGCAUAUAAGGAUGCUCAUCAUUCAAUGAUAGAUGAUUGUGAAAUUAUAGUUGAUUACAAUCGACAACGGCUUAUGUCUGGAUGGAUUCCUCGGAGAUUAGGAGGGGGUCUUGGAGGUAAGAAGGAAUCUGGACAACUUCGAUUUGGAGGAAGAGAAAGACCAUUCCGCGCUCCACUACGUCCGAUCCCUUACGACGAUUUGAAAAGGCUUGGGAUUACUCCUCCUCCUGAAGGAAGAUACAAGUCUCGGUUUCAGAUACCUUCUCCUCCCAGAAGAGAAACGGAUUCUGAACGUAGAGAAGAAGGCUCCAAUAAGAAUGAACCUACGGAGAAGGAUGGACACAGUCAUAGAAAUAGUUCGAUAGAUGAAGAUGAUUGGUCACAUACGAGGGGCUCAAAUGACUACAGAGUGGGGCACUCACACAAGGGAAACCAUGAGAAGAUGAAACAUGAAUCUAGGAGGACCUCAAACGACAGGGAUGAUUAUUCCCCCCACAAGAGAUUUUCCGAGAAGGAAGACUAUUAUCAAAGCAGAUCUGCUGAGAAGGAAGAUCUUUAUCGGAGGAGCUCUUCAGAUAAGGACCGAUCUCGCAGAAGAGAUUCUAAAGAUCGGGAUGACCACUCAAGGAAGCAUCACAAAUCUCAUAGAUAGUGACUCCAUUACCCAUCUUAAUAGGAAUGAAGCCGAUCUUGUUCACGUGUUGAUCUUCAUUUAUGACGAACAAAAAAGUUAAUCCAUGUUAAAUUAAAUGAAGUUAAGUGACAUUAAAGUUGAAGUUAUGGAAGCCCUUUAGUUGCAUUAAAUGAAUUCAAGUAUAUCUCAAGCUUCAUGCUGUACAAGUCGAGCAUCCAUUCAGGAAACUACCGUUCAAAUUGAGAUUCAUUUAUACAUGGGAGGUUCAGAGACUUUCAAGUCUGACAAAAAGGCUUCAAUCUCAAAUUUAUGGUUCAUCAUUUUACUGUAACUAUAUAGUAAACCUUUAUGUUUUUCAGAUUACUUUGGAGUGAGUAUCAUGACACUCGUGUACUUCGAAGUUACAACCCAUGAGAGUUUUGUUUUUAUGGGUUAGGAAGUUACAACCCUUAAGUUGAUAUUUGGUUACUUAGCUAAUUUUUAUGUAAAAUCACUUGAAGGAUAUAAUAGAGUAAAAAGAGCUUUGAGCUUCUUUCUAGUUUA